AUGGACGCCCCCGAAAAAGUGGACUCCGCCGUCGGUCUCGCCCCGGGCGCCAUCCCGCGCCCUGAAUCCGUCGAAAACUUGCGUCGACAGCGGUCGCUCGGAUUACUCCCUGGACCAACCAAGGAUGCGCGCCCCGAGCUCGCGCCCCGGCCGCGCGUGCUGAUGUUUCACUGCGGUGGAACGCUCGGCAUGGGCGCCGAGUCGUUCGCCGAGGACGAGCGGUGCGCGUCGCCUCGACCGGUUCCGAUGCGAGGGGGUGGGAAGUACCGGGCGCUGGGCUCGAACAAGUUCCUAUUGGACGUACUCGACGUGGUGCCGGAAUUAACGUCAUUGGCGGACAUCGAGGUGGUGGUACUGAUGAAUAAGGACUCGAGUGAGAUGGACGCGAGGGAUUGGAAAGCGCUGGGACUGGCGUUGCACGAAAAGCGCGAGAGUUACGGGGGGUUCAUCAUCGCGCACGGUACGGAUACGAUGGCGUACACAGCGAGCGCGUUGAGUUUGAUGCUCGAGGGGUUCGGGAAGCCGAUCGUGUUGACGGGAUCGCAGUUACCGCUCGCGUACCCGAGGAGUGAUGCGAGGCAAAAUUUAUUGGACGCGCUCACGUGCAUCGUGGGAUCGAAGAGUUGCGGAGGGGUGGUUGAUUUUUACGAAGUCGCUAUUUGUUUCAACGGGAAACUUCUGCGAGGGAAUCGCGCGCAAAAGACAAGCGCAACGGUGUACGCGGCGUUUUCGAGCCCGUCGUAUCCAGCUCUCGCGCGUUUGGGCGUCGGCGUGGAUUGGAACCACGCGAGAUUGCUCCCGCGUCAGGAGCAGUACACGCCUCGAUUCGAUGUCAAUCCGAAUGUCAUCAGAGUGCCGGUGAUUCCUGGGCUCGACAUCGCGGCGGCGUACGGCGACGUCUACGAAAGAGGCGUUCGAGGCAUUGUCUUAGAAGCGUUCGGUGUCGGUAACUUUCCCUCAUCCCUCAUCCCCUGGCUCACAGAGCAAACGGCAAAGGGUCUUCGUGUCCACCUCUCAACGCAGUGUCAGAGCGGCGAGCUCAGACCAGAGCUCUACGCCGCCGGUCUCGGCGCCCUCGCCGUGGGCGCAAGAUCGGGACCAGUGAUGACUAUAGAGUGCUCCGUGGUGAAGAUGAUGCUCUGCCUCGCCAAUCCCGGUUUCGAUCUGGACCGCUCCGUCGCGGGCGAAACCGAUACGGUCGAUUUUUGCAUAUGA